UGGAUCAGACCAUUACACAUACAGAAGCAUUUCAGAGCAAACCAGAGCAGCAGAGUCGAUUUCAAUGGCGAUCAAAGUCCACGGCAGCCGCGUUUCAACUGCAACCAUGAGAGUCACGGCUGCGCUGACUGAAAAAGGUCUGCAGUUUGAGCUAGCGCCUGUAAACAUGGCAGAAGGCCACCACAAACAGCAGCCGUUCCUCUCCCUCAAUCCGUUCGGUCAGGUGCCUGCGUUCGAAGACGGAGAUCUCGUGCUCUUCGAAUCGAGAGCGAUUAAUAAGUACAUUUCGGAGGCGUAUGCCGGCGUGGGAGUUCCUCUGCUAUCCAAGGAUCCGAAAGCAAUGGCGACUGAGUUAGUGUGGAUGGAAGUUGAGGCUCAUAAGUACGAUCCUAUAGCUGCGAAAUUAACCUUUGAGCUGUGCAUCAAGCCGUUUCUGAAACUGACGACGGACGAUGCGGUGGUGGAAGAGCAGGAAGGUGCGUUGGGUAAGGUUCUGGAUGUGUACGAGGCUCGCCUGGAGAAGAGUCCUUUCCUCGGCGGCGCCUCCUUCUCCCUGGCGGAUCUCAACCAUCUUCCGACCUUGGGUUACUUGAUGGGGACUCGAGCCAAGGCUGUGUUCGAUUCUCGCCCGCGCGUGAGCGCGUGGUGCGAGACGAUCCUUGCCAGGCCUGCGUGGCAGGCCGUUUUCGGCCUCAAAAGCCAAGCUGCGUGAGUGAGUCGUUUAAUGUGACUCUGCCUUCGGGCCAUUUCGCAAAUAAAUGUAUUGGGCUGAGCCUUAUAUGUAUAUUUUUAUUUUUUUUUGUUGC